CUCGGAAAGAGUCUUAAAUUGCACCUGAGCUUAGUAGCUGGUGCAGUAAAGCAGGUAUAGACCCAAACCGGGCUUUUGUACUGCAUAAUGUUCCUACUGACUUUGAUUUAUCAGACAUUGAAGAGACUGCUCAGUCAGUGAAAGCUUUUGGAAGAGUAAAAGUGAGAGACAGACUAACAGACACCCAGACAGGCAAUAACCUUGUGCUCUGUGAAUGCCGUCAAGAUAUUCAGCCAGACCGCAUACCACCGCAUGUGCAGCCAUUGAACGGAGGUCCUGUCUGGAAGAUUUCCCUCCUCACUGAAUCUGCGAGGUCAGCUGAUGACUUCUCAGCCAAGCUUAAGAAACUAAUGGUAGAAGAAGGCAAAACAACUGAUGAUGUUAGUGCCUUGCUGUCUACUGAAACCCCACAGGAAAACUCCCCUGAAUCCAUCAUUCGGGCAGUCGGAGACCUGUUAGCAAAAACUAUGCGACCUACCAGUGAGAAUACUGCAUCUCGACAUCUGCGGACAUUCUCUGGCCAGUCUCCUACUCCGGCAGGUGAAGAGAGCCUUGAUAGCUGGGUUGAGCAGGCUCGCCUGAUGAUCGAAGAUUGCGACUGCUCUGAGAGAGAGAAGCGAAGGAGAAUAGUUGAGAGCCUAAAGGGACCAGCGUUGGAGAUCAUCCGAGCUGUACGGCGAGAUAACCCUGAUGCUAGCCCAGAGAGCUAUGUAGAGGCUCUAGAAAGUGCAUUUGGAUCCCUGGAGUCAGGUGAAGACUUGUACCUCGCCUUCAGGAGCCUGGGUCAACAGCGAGGAGAAAAGCUGUCAGACUUCCUGAGAAGGUUGGAACGCUCUCUGACCAAAGUAAUGCAGAGAGGGGGUCUCCCUAGCCAUCGAGUCGACCGUGCACGUACUGACCAGCUUAUACGGGGUGCAACUGAGUCAGAGAUAAUGUUACUGCAGCUAAGACUCAGAGAAAGGAAAGAGGAGCCACCUACUUUUCUGAAACUGCUCAGUGAGAUUCGAGAAGAAGAAGACCAUGCAAGAGCAAGGCAUGAGUCAAAAGCCACAGUUAGACAAGUGAAAGUUGGCGAAGAGACAAAAGCCAAAUCGACAGAGGUUCAAGAGCUCAAAGCCAAGAUCAAAGAGUUACGCUCUGAGCUUAAAGAGUUAACAAGCAAGCGCUCAGAGGCCGAGCUAAUGUUGAAACAAACCAAGAAAGCUACUCGGAGCCCUUCGUAGGAGC